AUGGGACGCGGACGAAGAGGAGAAGAGAACGAGGUCCGUGGCGAGGACAGAGGCUGGGAGGGUUGCAAAGAAGAAGAAGGCCUGGACCGGGACGCUCCAACCACCAGUGCCGACCCCUCUUUAGCAUCGACGCACCCGUCCGCGACCAAUCCAGCAGCCCGUCGAACAAAAAGGAAACGCACAUCACCGACAAGAAUAGCGGGAACAGAACACGAGGAAGCUCUUGACGCUGGAGCGUGCCAACCCACUGCCAACCCGCGCCCAGCUCUCGCAAUCCGUAUCCCCGAAUUCCUCAGCCCCACAAGUGCACCGCUUUCCAGGCACCCCCUCGUGCCCACAGCUCGCAGCGGCACAAAUCAGGUAAGCACGUCCCCCCCUCGUCAUCUACCCCCACCCCCCGCCUCAUCCCCCUCCCGAAAAUCCAACACGGCAGUCGAAAGUCUAGAUCGGAGCACGGCCCAGAUAGCCCCUCUGACCAUAGUCCGGCCACAGAAGCGUACUGCACAUACACUAGCGUACACUACGUAG